CAGAACUUUCGACAUUCUCAGGACAUUCUUAGGACUCUCAGGCGUUGCCUUGCUUCAAGGAAUCUGGAUCCAACCUUCGGUUCAGUGCUUGGAGAAAAAAUAAAUGAAAGACUGGUCAGGGCAACCGCCUCGAGUUUCUCGGAGAAACGAACGGUGAACAACCACGGGUGCAACACCGGUGCCACCCGGAACUCGCUGCCACCGUUCGAGAGAAUCCUGAAGCACGGCACGACCAGUCAGUCGAGCCCCAGACUUCGCGGCCAUCUUGAGAAUCGGGUCAGACGUCCACAGUUGGAGCAUUCCAUCACUUUGUUUCAGAAAGAAGCUUGAUUUGAUCAGAUGAUUGGGUCCCUUUUGGGGGGAUAUAGAUUCAGUUUGAAUAUACUGUAAUUGAAUCCAUAAACACUGAAGCUCAGGUUUUGAUUCUUGGAUGAUUUAUAGACUAUAGUGACUUUUGGAGGGUCCAGGCAGCCUAUCUUGACCCUUUGCAUUCUGGAAUCCAGGCAAGCCUGGCCACCCCCGCCCCCCGAACCGUUGCAGUCACUUUGGCUUCAGAUCAUGUUGUCGCGUGAUGAAUCGCAUCCACUUCUUUCCAGAUCCAUACGAUCUGGAUCCGAGUCCAAUGUGAGUGGUGAUGAAGAUGGCGAGUCGGAAAGCGAUGAGGGGCCAUCACGAGAUGUUGAGAUUCACUUCAAGCCCAGCAGGAAGUCCAAUGUCGAGCCGCAAGUCGGGGAAGAGCUGAAGAUGGCUGUGUAUGUGCGAGUGGAUAAACUUACUUCAAUUGAUUUGGAAGGCCAGACAUUCGCAGCAUCUCUUUGGGUCUUCAUUAUUACAGCAGAGAAACUCUCAAAAGAGAAGAGAGAAAGAGUAGAAAAGUUCUUGAAGGAGUUCCAUCCAGAGGAAACGCCAGAUCAGCAUUGGCUUUCUCCUCAAAAUCUUGUUGACACUGGAGAUGCAACACACCAACCGAAGCCCGACUUCUUAGAUGAAGGUGAACGAAUUGGCUUGACCUGGAAGCUUUCCGGCUCGUUUGCAGAGGCAUGGGAGUUGGACUUCUUUCCCUUCGACUGCCAAGACCUCAAUGUCAAGAUCAUGUUUCGGUAUCCAGCUGGCGACUUUCACUUUAAGUUUGUCGAGGAUGAACAGAAGAAAUCCUGGAUCAGGGACAGAACCUUUCCAACCCUCGACAGAACAUGGGACUACCCGGAACGGCUGACUGUGUGGGAAAGCCACGACAAAAGCGCCUCAAAUCGUGGUGGCAAAAAUCGUCAAAUCCUGAAUGUGACGCUGCAAGUGCGACGGAACCCGUGGUAUUAUGUCUACAACAUCGUGGUUCCUAUCUUCUUGAUUGUUCUCAUGAGCGGGAGUUCAUUUGUCAUCCGUCCCAAGGAAAUUCAGGAUCGCUUAGCGGCUUCAUUGACAUUGGUAUUGACAGCAGUUGCCUAUAAGUACAAUGUGAUGCAGGCAGUGCCUCCAGUUGGCUACCUCACUUGGUUAGACUACUACAUGCUCAUGUGCUACGUCUCGUUGUUUCUUGUUGUUGCGGAGAAUUGCUGGGUAUAUUUGGAAUUUGAAAAACGUGAAAGUGAUUUUGCUUACAAUCCCGUGCUGUAUGAUGAGUUUCGUAACGCAGAGUUUCACUAUAUCCAGAUUUUGAGUUACAUCUUCUUUGCCUGCAACAUUGCUUUCUUUCUCGUUGCAUGUCGUGCCAGAUGGUGGCCUGGUAGAGUCUCUGGAAGAAAGGCCAAAAAGGAUAGACUUCCAUGCGUGACCUAUCCCGAUGCGCAGCUUUCUCGCUGUCAGUCCUUCUCAUGUGGUGCUGAUGAUAUGUAAAUUGAGCUGGAAGGAGAGAGGUUUCUCUUCACGCGGCUUGGAACGUCAUGGCGCAGCAUCCUUUUCCUCGCAGCCAUGCAGCCCGUGCCCUGCUGGAG